AACUGCAUGCCGCAAUAACUGGGAAGGAGGAAUCUAUGCUCUGUUUGAGCGCUUGAGUGAGGGUUCCCACUACCGACACAGGGAACCUACUACACACAUCUGGACGAAGCGAACAGAGACAACCACAAACCCGCCCGACGGACAUGGGCAUGGUAGGGAGGAAAAAAAUCUUCGACAACAUUUUAGUUGCUGUAACACUCUCCGUAGGAGAGGAACGUCUUUUUGUUUUGCGCGCGGUGAAUUCAAAGAUUUGUUUCGUUUCGUCGUCACCGUCAGACCGGAAGGCUCGACGAACAGAAGAAAUUGAAUGUGCGCAAAAGGACUGUAGUGACACCAGCAAAAAAAAGAGCAGCUUGCAGAGGCUGUGCCGGGGGUUGGUAUUUAGAGCAUAAAGAAGACUUUUUUCUUUUUUUCGCGGUAAAUUCUCAUUGGAUGGGACACGUGAAGUGAAGUGCUGCUAUCGAGGAAAAGGACCCGGUUGAACCAGAACUUUGCUAGCACACAAAGGGAACGAUUUCAAUUCAGCAAAAGCGAGAAAAAGAUUCAAAUUACAAGAGUUUUUUUUCUUGGUUCGAUUUUAUGAAAAGAUCGAACUUUGAAGGCUGAAAGGAAGGAACAAGGACGAGGAAUUAGAAAGGAAUUUCAUCAAUUCGAGCAAGUUCGUGGAAAUCGUUCAAGUGACAAGGAAAAGGAAGCAGGAAGAGAUUACGCGCAGAAACGAAAUAAAUAACCAAGUAGUGGAAAGUGUGAUAAAGCUCGCGGAUUAAGGUGAAAAGUCAGUGGUUCGACAUAAGCCUGCAGUCGGCAAACGUUACGCAAUAGCUACGGUAAUAAUUCAUGUUCGCGAGUACUUAGUGUUACAGUCUAUUAGAGAAAACGAAGUAGGAGGAACCUGCCAUAACAGCGAAAAGCCGAUGAUGGAAAACGUUCGCCUGUUGAUUGUAGUGUAGGAAGGUGAGAAAAUCCGGAUUUCUCGGGAAACUACCCCUUUUAGUGGCAGUGAUAAAACUUUCGUGUCAAUUGAAGUCAAACGGUGGAAAACGCUAUUGUUAUUAGUGGUAAUUGAUGCAAUUUGUAGUUGGUUCUACCUAAGCCGCGAAAUUAGUAGCAGCGGACAGUGUCUAGUCAUUCGACAGGUACAUUUGGUCGGCUGUCAUGCGAUCCAGUUAGACUCAAGUGUCGAGUUUUAAGUGAAGCCGACGGAGGCAUGGAAGUUUUUUUGCCAGCGCAGCGCAGUUAUUAAUGGAUUGUAUUAAUGUUGAAAUUGAGGGUGGAUAGCUGGGACGACUGCAAGCGGACGACGAAAAGAGAUUGACAGAGAUAGAGCAAAACAGAACAGCCAUUACAAAAUAAUUACUUCAGCUAAAUAAUAGCGAAAUAAUUUCUCCAGCCAAAACUGUCCCGACGAAUGUGGUCCGUCUCGUGACGCUGUGCAGAGAAACGAGCCUAAUCCAUGAGCAAGCCAAAAAUACCACAGAAAUCUAAAGUGCCUUAAAAAUUAAUGGCAUAAUAAAAAACUAAUAAUUGCAAUUAGCCAUUCGUGCAAUCAAUAUUGCGCCCUGGCGCCUCGUGCCGGAUGAGUUCGGUGGAAAAAAGGACACUAAUUAACAGUCGCGCGCGUUGAAAACAAUUCAUGUAAUUGGUUGAAUAACAGUGAAAAACGAUACACUACGGGUGACCGAUGCAACCGACAGCAGGAUAUGGCCACUUGUAGUGAAAAUUGUGCAGAAAUGUAAAUAGCACAACUUAGCGGCAAUUAAGUACAUUGAUGAGAGUAACUUAUUUUCGUUCAGUGCUGGAAAAACGCAAUACACACGGUCGCUGCAACUGAAUGUUAAAAUUAAUAAAAAUGAUUAACUUCCCGCAACGUGCAAGUAAUUGAUAGCGAUGUUAAUUCUCCCGCGAUUAAAACAUUGACGAGCAGAGUACCGACGGGUGAAUUACCACGGCUGGAACUCUGCGCAAACGCGUGACAACCAACGGAUCUUUCAGCGGGUGUGUACAUAUUAGUUCGACGCUGGGGUCUGUCAGUCAGCAAGCUUCAUUGUUCAAUCAACCGGUCAGCAGUUCCGACGGCUGCUGCAAACGUUACACAUUCCGAGUUCCCGCUCUAAACAGUCCAGAUCGGUGAAGGUCUGACCGUUCACUGCGUGUGUGAAUUUCGUAGUGUGAUCAUAAAUCUUUAAUGAUAUAUCAUCAACGUUUCGUCGUCGUCGUCGACUCUGGGAAAUCUCGGCAACGAAAAUCAGAAGAUAAAAAACGCGCUGAGUGAGUAAUUGUGGGACAUAAAAUUUGGAUGUUUUCGCGGUUUCCUUCGCCAAAGACCUAAUCGAUCUUCGAAGGCGGAAAGAAGUGACAUAGAACUUGUCCGACGACGUCCGAGAAAUAAUAAAAAAGUGACGUAAAACAGUUGCUUCGAAAAGUUGGUCAGCCGAUGCCAAUCCAAAUUUUGCGAACGGAUAAGUGAACCGCGGAACAAACAGAGAAAAAAAUAUCGGAUUAAGUGAAGUGAACGCGGCUUUGAUAUCUCGCGACUCAUCGGAGCGUUCCGAAAUAAAACCUGCUGCUGCUGCUGCCGGCGAAGUGGCAAUAGUGCGUGUGUGUGUGUUUGUGCGUGCGUAUGACGAGUGCCAGCUUUUAAUGUGAAAAAUCGUAUGAAAUGGUGACAUUAAUGCCUUGUAGUUACAUAUCGGCCCCACGGAUCUCCAUCAUUGAUAAAAUGAUAGAGAUAGAACCAAAGGGUAAAAGAUCACGCACAGAAGGACCAGAUCUAAUCGAUAGGAGUCGAAACUACAACUCCGCAUCAGUAUCGAGUCUGAGUUCGGGAGCUUCGGCCGACAGCUGCUUGCCACCGAGUGGUUCAACAUUACAUUAUCCCUCGGCUUCGCACACAGUAGGAUCAUACUCCCUGUUGAACAACAACUACCGACCGCUUAGUGGAGCUUCCACUGUUCCAAGUGCAUCACAUAACGGAGUGAGUCUACCGUACGGUUCCGCUGCAAAUCACGGCUCGACAUCGGGAGGCAACAUAGUUUCGCGGCUAAACGGAGGUGCUACCUCGACGAUUACAUCAGGUGGUAGCAGUACUACAGGAACAACUGGUAGCUCUUUGGAUGGCUUAUCUUCAUCAAGUGGGCUCAAUAGCAGUAGCGCGAGUUUAACUGGGAGUGCAUCCAACGCGGCACUUGGUUCGGCCGAGUUGGGGAUGUCGCACUGGCUCACCGACGGUACAGUCAAGUCGGAAAUUCGUAGUCCUGGAUUAGACGCAGCGAUAUCCUCUGGGAACCUUCCCGUUGGUUCUACCCAUCUCGACAGUUCACUGUUUUGUGCAAACCCCAACAACCUAGACGCCCUGCAAAGCACUGCCAACUCGUACGAGAAAUCCGAUUACUAUUCCUACACGUACAACAUGCAACAAUACGCACCAUUCACGUACUCGUCCUACGGAUCGCCGUAUCAGACGAGAACGUCAUCGAAAAUACCUUCGCCAAACACAUAUCUUCCGUCCAGUUAUGCGGCAGCUGCUGCCAAUAACAAUUCGGCACAAAUCUACUCGUCCUACGGUUACAACAAUUUCGCCCAGUUCGGAACCAGUCAGCAGGACUACUAUAACUACAAUGACCCAACGUACUCACCGUACUACCAAACGGCAACCUAUCCACCGUACGUGAGCUCACCGGGGUCCAGUGGGAGUCAGAGUUUUCACGUUGCCGCUGGCCUAUCAGCAGAAAGUCCUUCAGAGGGGCAUUCCGCGGUGACACCUACCAUGUUGGCACACUCACACUCGCCACAAUCUCCGCUGUCCAUCUCACCUACCAUUCAGGCUGGUUCGGCAGCCGCCGUAGCAGCGGCAGCGGCAGCCGCAGCAGCAAAAACUACGCCCACCGGGAAACCCGGCCGGACGCGAGGCCGACGGCAUGCAAAUCCUAGUCCGACGAGAAGCUCGACGUCCGAACCGGGCGUGCCGGAGAAAGCACCCGAACGGAUCUUCGUGUGGGAUCUGGACGAAACGAUCAUCAUAUUCCACUCGCUGCUGACGGGGACCUACGCGGCAAAGUAUAACAAGAGUCGAGACCACCACAUGCAGCUAGGCUACCGGAUGGAGGAACUCAUCUUCAACAUGGCAGAUGCGUUCUUCUUUUUCAACGAUUUGGAAGAGUGCGACCAGGUACAUAUCGACGACGUAUCGUCCGACGACAACGGGCAGGAUCUGAGCAAUUACAAUUUCUCCGCCGAUGGCUUCCACACCGGAACGGCACAAGGAGCUCCACCUAAUAUUUGUCUUCCUAAUGGCGUUCGAGGGGGCGUUGACUGGAUGCGAAAGCUGGCGUUCCGCUAUCGGAAAAUUAAGGACACCUACAACACCUACCGAAAUAAUGUGGGCGGUUUGCUGGGACCUCAGAAGCGAGAACACUGGCUACAGGUCCGAUCGGACGUUGAUUUCGAAACGGACAGCUGGCACAGCUUAACGUUGAAAUGUUUGAACAUGAUUGCCCAGAGGGAGAACUGCGUCAAUGUACUGGUGACGACAACGCAGCUUGUUCCGGCCUUGGCCAAAGUGCUGCUCUACGGUCUAGGGCAGAUCUUUCCAAUAGAGAAUAUUUAUAGUGCAAAUAAAAUAGGUAAGGAAUCCUGCUUCGAGCGAAUCGUAACGCGGUUUGGCCGCAAGAGUACGUACGUCGUCGUGGGUGACGGUCAGGACGAGGAAAGUGCUGCCAAAAAUCUCAACUUCCCCUUCUGGCGGAUAUCAAGCCAUAGUGAUAUUCGGUCGCUGCACACCGCUCUAGAGAUGGGAUUCUUAUGAAGAGCGCCGCCAACCACCGUUAUCCUCGUCCUGUUGAAGUUGCGGCCCGAGUCCAACUUCGUUCUGCUGUGAAUGCGUUAGGAAUUUUCUAGUGAAAUUGAGCAGUUUAGCUUUAUCGUUGAAUGAAAAUACAUGAAAAGACAUUCUUUCCAUUUAAUCCUAGCGUCUAAGUCUCAAAUUAUGUAAAUUGCAAUAGAGUUACAUUUCAAAAGUAUAAUCGGAGUAAACCAAAUCAUUAUCAUUAUCGUAGAAUCGCACAGAUAGUUAUUCAUGUCACCAAAAGUAUCAAGGUCGGAUACAUGUUAAAGUAUCUGUAUAGUAUUCUGCUCGUCGGUUUUUAAUAUACUUAGGACUAAGAUUUUUUUAAGAAUUGCAUUUAUCAAUGCUCAAAAAUCGUACCCCGUUCAGAUUUCCCAGUGGCAUAAAAAUCUCAGUUGUGCAAAAAAAAAAGUCGUGAGUUGCAUUAAAAUUAUUUCCAGUUAGAAAAUUUCAGUAUGCUGUACUGUAUCUAGAUUGUACAUAAUUGACAGCUUUUUAAUGAGGUUGGCGCGAUAUUUGCUUAAAGAAAGACUUUGAAAUAUGUCUGAUUAUUGCUCCUCUUUUGUAUCAUAUCCAAAAAAGUGUUAUGAAAAGUUUAAUUUCAAUACGUUAAAAUUCUUAUAAAACUACCUAGUCGAAAAUUUUCGAGUUCCACGGCAUGUAAUCAUUACAUCGAACUUUUCGGAAACUUUCUUUGUUGCUCAUUUUAAAAAAUGAAAUACGCAUAUUUGUGCUGAUUGUAGAGCCUAAUGCGACCGACAGUUUUUGAAUAAGCAAGCCCUACAUUUGAAAAACGCACCAAUAAUUUAGCUGUUUCGAACGGUUUCUUGAAGCGAUUUUUUAGUCCAUGCAGUAAAAUAAUCGUCUGUGAAGAUAUUUCGGACGAUAGUUCCAGCAACAGAAUUCAAAUAUCAUAUAUUUAGUGAUUAUCCGAAUUAGUAUUCGUAGCAAAGAAGAAGUUAUUCAAUAUAUAUCAUUAUUAGCUGUACGAAAGAAAUGUGAAUUUUUCAACUGCAUAUUGUGUUAUAGAUAAUUAAGGCAUUUGUAAAUAGUAUCAUUUGAAAUAAAAAUAAAAUCAAAAUAUGACUACAUAGCGUCUAUGAAAAUAAUAAAGAAUAAAAAAAAUUGUAUAGUAAGCAAAUACAAGCAAAUAUUUAUAAGUCAAUCAUAAACAAUAAAAGAAGCCAAAAUGUAAUAAAUAAAACACAGUUGAAAUACAAUGAAAUUGACUUGACAGUCCCUGCAAA